CAUCUCUGCGCAUGCGUCAGUCUAAGCGGCGGCUUGCACUGUGGCCAGACCGCUGAGUGACACAGUCACCGAGAGAGUUUAUAAACCUGUUGAAGCUGCUCUGCUGUCCACUAAAGUUAUGAAAAACCUACAUUUCAAAGACUUCUUCUGGAACUCUGACCUGACCUGCACUAGUGGCUAUGAUGCUAUCAUCCAGUAUCUCAACGAUGGCAAGAGGACAUGCAAAGAGGUGGAGGAGUUCAUGAAAGCCAGGGCAUCAAUUGAAGAGAAGUACGCCAAAGAUCUUAUGGGUUUGUCCAAGAAGGUGUGUGGACACAAUGAGAUGAACACAUUAAAAAAAUCCCUGGACAUGUUUAAAUUACAGACUGAACAUGUGAGUCUAUCACACUUACAACUAGCGCAGAGCAUGCGGGAGGAGGCCAAGAAACUGGAGGAAUUCAGAGAAAAGCAAAAAGAAAUAAGGAAGAAGACAGAACAACAGAUGGAUGUUCUCCACAAAACGAAGUCGUCACAGUUCAAGAAGACAAUGGAUACAAAGAAGACAUAUGAGCAGAAGUGCAGAGAUAAAGAAGAAGCAGAUCAGAAUGUGAACCGAAACACCAACAACACCAAGCAGUUAGAGAAGCUUAACGCUAAAGCGCAGCAGGCAAAGCAAAAUGCGGAGGAAGCAGACAGGUUAUAUCAGCAGAAUGUGACCACACUGGGAAAGGCUAGAGAUGAAUGGAUGAAGGAACAUGUAAAGGCCUGUGAGAUGUUUGAAAAACAGGCAUUGGAGCGUAUUAACUUUCUGAGAAACACAGUCUGGACUCACCUCAAUCAGCUGUCCCAGCAGUGUGUGACCAGUGACGAGCUGUACGAGGAAGUGAGGAAGUCACUGGAACAGUGUGAUGUUCGGGAAGAUAUUGAACACUUUGUAAACCUUAGACAGACGGGUGACAAACCACCAGCUCCUGUUGUGUAUGAGAACUUCUACAGUGGUCAGAGGUCUCCAACUGGAGCUCCACCAUCUCGACUUCCUCCACCAAUUAUCAGGAGGGGGCCAUUACCUGAUCCGACAAACAACAGUAGGGAUGAUAUCGUCUACUCAACAGUUCAGGAUGCAGGGUACAGCGUGAUCCAAUACUAACAUGCAGAUCAGCUGAUUUUAUUGUACAGCGUUGUGAUGGACAUGAAGGUGACAUAAGUCUCAUCGUUUCCUCCUUUGUGAUUUCCUGUAAAGAUAAGGUCGCACCUGAUUGAAAUAAUGAGUGUCAUAAGAGUGUACAUGCAUAUUUUAGAUGAGGCUGUGAUAUUUUGAACAUAUCACAGUUAAAAAGAACAGUAAAAGGGGAUUCUCUAAAACUAGAUAAUGAAUAAACAUAAUGUUAUCCAGAGAAUUAUUGUCAUUUCCACUGUCCAGAUACAGAGCCUAUUUAUUUUCUACAUGUACAUAAUGUGGAAGUCUCUAUUUUCGACAUAUUUGCAUCUUAAUUUAUCUUCCGUUUUGUAUUUAUUUUUGCAGCUCUGAUGAUGUCAUCUGCUUACUUUUCAUUUCCUCUUAGAAGUGAGAGCAGCGUGUCAGCUGACAGUGAUCUUGUGAUAGGUUCUUAAAGCCUCAUACACAUACGUAUCUACAGUACAAUUCACAGUACAUGAAUUUCAAAUCCUCAAUGUCUAAACUUAGAAUGACAUUCUAAGUUUAGGUGCUGAACAACAUUUUCUAUUGUGAUAAAGUUUAGAUAGAUCACCCUAGAUUGACAUUCAGGUAAUUAAAAUGCAUCUAUGUGAUGAUGACAUGCAAUGUUUUCUGAAUACUGGAAGGGGAUUAUUGCACUUUGAUUAUUUUGCUUUAUUUAUAUUAAGAACAUAAUUUGUAGAAGUUGCAAAAAACUGAGUUUGAAACUGCGAGAGUAAACGGCAUAUCGGUGUGCAGAAGACCUGUCGUUGGUUUCAUGUAAAUGAAAUUAAAAAGGUACUAGAGCUCGCUGUUACUCUGUGAACAGGUGUCUGUCUCAUAUGAACAGGCAUAUCGCUGAUUAAAUGAGCUUUGGUAGAUCUGUAUUUUGUAUUAGUUCAGUGUUGGAGUUGUUCAUGUUUGCUGACUACUUGUGAAACUGUUAUAUACAUUAUGCAAGAGCAACGAAUGCUGCACAUUAUUAUUUGUGAUCUCAUUAAAUAGUUUCUCUUGGCACCCCCAACACUGA